UUUUAUUUAACUAGGCAAGUCAAUAAAGAAAAAAAUCGUAUUUAAAAUGACAGCCAGUUAACUGCCUUGUUCAGGGGCAGAACGACAUAUUUUUUAUCUUGUCAGCUCGGGGAUUCAAUCAAGCAACCUUUAGGUUACUGGCCCAACGCUCUAACCACUAAACUACCUGCCGCCCCCGUCUAAUGUGGGACAUCAUUUUUAUUUUUUCACAAGCAGCGCACAGGGCCUUUACUAGCGGACCAAUAUAGCCGUCUAUAGUGCCCGCAACACAUUUUCACACCACCGCCGCACCCCCAUCCCGAAACAUCUUUCCAUGACUAUAACAGGUUUCACUUUUUAUGGCUUCACUGUCCAUCUCCGACUCCAAAUGAGAAGAGUCCGCUUACACUCGAGUCAGAAACAGCCAUCCCCGCUACAAGAGCCAACAGCGACGUGAGACAAGCUUUGCCGGUGACAGCCAGAUGAUCUAUGUAGAACUCCUGAAUGGUAUUCUAUUCAGUACCUGAGUACAUCCUCUGUGGGCAGAACUGGACUAUGGCUCCGUCCUGGGUGAGAGGGGCCAGCACUAAUUUGUAGAUGUCUCCACACAUGAUGUCCAGCACGUAACAGGUGUUGCCCCUGAGGGGAGGGGUGCAGGUGUUGUUGGACUGAUUAAUACAGACACCUAAAUGUGUUGACAAAUAUACUGUUCAAUUUGGUGCUAUUUCUUUCCAUCCACCCUAUCCCUAUCACCAGGUCUCAUUUUCAACCUCAAGGGACUUGCCUGAUUAAAUUAAGGUUAAAUCAAACUAGAUAAGAUGCAUUUCCUGAAGAAAAUGUGUGUGCUUGCUAACCAACCCCCCCAUCCCCUCCUUACGUGUGAUCUGGCAGACAGUGAAGUUGUCUCCCUGUUUGUUCUCAGGGUCCCGGGAGUUGCCCUUGAUGCAGUAGUCCCAGCCUCCAGACCAGGGAAGGUGACGCUGGUGUCGGUGGAGUUGAGCUUCACCCUGCUUUCUGAGCCCUCCGUGAUGAUGCUGAUUGUGUACAGGACAGCGUGGACCACUGGCUCCCACCCCACCACGAUGGUGUCAUUGCUGGGUGAGGUGGAGUUGAGCUCUGGCGCUGCAACCACUGUAGGAGAGAGACAGCAAAGAGACAUCUUAUUUGAGAACAUCAAACCACUAAACCACAAUGGAUGAAACUGCUGCUGUAUUGUUUUGGUACAUGAAGAAACCCGAUAGGCUGACUAACUCAGUGCUCAACCCAGUUAAGUUUAUUAUUUGUGUUCAUGGAGAGGGGUCAGAUAUAAUUACCCCGGAUACAGGAUAGAUAACUCUCACCCUUAGGGCUUUAAGAUCAGGUAUGCAGCUACUCUCCUUUCUUAGCUUUCGUUUGUUCUUUCUUUCCCCAACAGUCAGUUAAUGUGAGGUCCAAGGGACAAUACCUGUCUUUGCUACUGAAGGGAGGGAAGGCUGGCUCCUGCCUCCAUGGAUGACGGAUAUGACACUGAGAGUGUAGUCGGUGUACGCCUGGAGGUUGAGCAUGGUCCCGUGGGAAGAGGACACCUCGGUCUCGGGGGAAGGACAGUGUUCAGUUUUAUAUAUUAAAAUGGACGCUUACCACACUGCACAUUGGUCCUCCGAUCCUUCCUACUACUCCUGUUCGUCAGAAGAGGAGGAGGACAAUCGUUACAGAAUCACCCACCACCAAAGGACCAAACAGCGAGGUAACAGGCAGCAGCAGCGAUCUCCAGACUCCUGGACAUGGGAGGAGAUCCUGGAUGGCAAGGGAAACUGGGUACAUCCAGGAGAGUCAGGAGCUGCCAGAGCCGCCCGUCAGUCAGGAGCUGCCAGAGCCGUCCGUCAGUCAGGAGCUGCCAGAGCCUUUCGUCAGUCAGGAGCUGCCAGAGCCGUCCGUCAGCCAGGAGCUGCCAGAAUCGCCCUUCACUCCGGAGCUGCCGGAGUCUCCCGCCUGCCGGUGCUGCCGGAAUCUCCCGUUCGUCCGGUGCAGCCGGAAUCUCACGUCCAUUCGGGACCCAGAGGCGGAGAAAGACUAUGGUGGAGUGGGGUCCACGUCCCGUGCCAGAGCCGCCACCGCGGACAGACACCCACCCAGACCCUCCCCUAUAGGUUCAGGUUUUGCGGCCGGAGUCCGCACCUUUGGUUCUCAAUCAGAGGCAGCUGUCAAUCGUUGUCCCUGAUUGAGAACCAUACAUAGGUAGCCUGGUUUCACUUUUGAGUUGUGGGUGAUUGUUCCCUGUGGCUGUUUGUACCACACGGGACUGUUUCGGUUUUCGUUUGUUCAUUCACGUUGUUAUUUUGUAUUUUUGUAUUUUUCAGUUUUAUAUAUUAAAAUGGACACUUACCACGCUGCAUAUUUGUAGUGGGCACCUCAGAAGCUACAGAAACAAAUUGGGAUUAUUAAGACUCAAUUCAGGAGCUACACACAUGCAAAUGUAAUGAGUGUAACCAGUUCCACCACAAUAAUGUUUUCAUACAGGAAAAUCACAUUUUUCACUGUAAGCCUACUGUCAAGAUAUACUGUACACUGAAUGUACAAAAAAUGAUGAACACCUGCUCUCUCCAUGACAUAGACUGACCAGGUGAAUCAAGGUGAAAGUUAUGAUUCCUUAUUGAGGUCACUUGUUAAAUCCACUUCAGUCAGUGUAGAUGAAGAGGAGGAAACAGGUUAAAGAAGGAUUUAUAAGCCUUGAGACAAUUGAGACAUGGAUUGUGUAUGUGUGUCAUUCAGAGGGUGAAGAUUUAAGUGCCUUUCAACGGGGUAUGGUAGUAGGUGCCAGGCGCACCAGUUUGUGUCAAGAACUGCAACGCUGCUGGGUUUUUCACACUCAACAGUUUCCCGUGUGUAUCAAGAAUAGUCCACCACCCAAAGGACAUCCAGCCAACUUGACACAACUGUGGGAAGCAUUGGAGUCAACAUGGGCCAGCAUCCCUGUGGAACGCUUUCGACACCUUGUAGAGUCCAUGCCCAACAAAUUCAGGCUGUUCUGAGGGCAAGUCAAUAUUAGGAAGGUGUUCUUAAUGUUUUGUACACUCAGUGUGUAUUUCUCAUGAGAGUCGCUCUAAGGACAGGUUUUCUAUCUUCCCUUAUACUGUAGCUCAGAUGAGAAAGAAAAACAGAACUGGCCCUGGAUCAGAGAUUAGUAACAGAAUGUAAUGACAUCACAACAUAAUGUAUAGCCUAUUGUUUCACCAACUUCACCUAAAGGUCUCGUAGGAGACACUGACUCAUCGAUGGUCUCUCCAACCUCAGCCUGGCUCUAAACAGUCAGGCCAUUUUCCAUCUCCUCAGCCUUAAUAAUGUACACGAUGUUGGGGGUCAGAGAGUUGAUGCAGCCCAUCACAGAGUUGGCACCGAACUGGGUAAAGGCAUCAUCAAAUCAAAUCAAAUGUAUUUAUAUAGCCCUUCGUACAUCAGCUGACAUCUCAAAGUGCUAUACAGAAACCCAGCCUAAAACCCCAAACAGCAAGCAAUGCAGGUGUAGAAGCACAGUGGCUAGGAAAAACUCCCUAGAAAGGCCAGAACCUAGGAAGAAACUUAGAGAGGAACCAGGCUAUGUGGGGUGGCCAGUCCUCUUCUGGCUGUGCCGGGUGGAGAUUAUAACAGAACAUGGCCAAGAUGUUCAAAUGUUCAUAAAUGACCAGCAUGGUCAAAUAAUAAUAAUCACAGUAGUUGUCGAGGGUGCAACAGGUCAGCACCUCAGGAGUAAAUGUCAGUUGUCUUUUCAUAGCCGAUCAUUAAGAGUAUCUUUACCACUCCUGCUGUCUCAAGAUAGUUGAAAACAGCAGGUCUGGGACAGGUAGGACGUCCGGUGAACAGGUCAGGAUUCCAUAACCGCAGGCAGAACAGUUGAAACUGGAGCAGCAGCAUGGCCAGGUGGACUGGGAACAGCAAGGAGUCAUCAUGCCAGGUAGUCCUGAGGGCUCAGGUCCUCCGAGAGAAAGAGAGAAUUAGAGAGAGCAUACUUAAAUUCCCACAGGGCAUAAGACAGGAGAAGUACUCCAGAUAUAACAAACUGACCCUAGCCCCCCGACACAUAAACUACUGCAGCAUAAAUACUGGAGGCUGAGACAGGAGGGGUCAGGAGACACUGUGGCCUCAUCCGAUGAUACCCCCAGACAGGGACAAACAGAAAGGAAAUAACCCCACCCACUUUGCCAAAGCACAGCCCCCACACCACUAGAGGGAUAUCUUCAACCACCAACUUACCAUCCUGAGACAUCCAGGGAGUUCUUGGGGAUCGCUGUGAUCUUGUAGGAACUGGUUCCUGAGUAUCUACUCCAUCACACUGUCCCACUCUUAGAUGUAACCCUGAAUAUCAACACUGUGAUUUAUACAGUGGGGCAAAAAAGUAUUUAGUCAGCCACCAAUUGUGCAAGUUCUCCCACUUAAAAAUAUGAGAGAGGCCUGUAAUUUUCAUCAUAGGUACACUUCAACUAUGACAGACAAAAUGAGAAAAAAAAUCCAGAAAAUCACAUUGUAGGAUUUUUUAUGAAUUUAUUUGCAAAUUAUGGUGAAAAAUAAGUAUUUGGUCAAUAACAAAAGUUAUUGAGGAGGUGACCAAGAACCAGAUGGUCACUCUGACAUGGCUCCAGAGACUCCUCUGUGGAGAUGGGAGAAUCUUCCAGAAGGACAACCAUCUCUGCAGCACUCCACCAAUCAGGCCUUUAUGAUAGAGUGGCCAGACAGAAGCCACUCCUCAGUAAAAUGUACAUGACAGGCAACUUGCCAAAAGGCACCUAAAGGCUCUCAGACCAUGAGAAACAAGUUUCUCUGGUCUGAUGAAAUCAAGAUUGAACUCUUUGGCCUGAAUGCCAAGCGUCACGUCUGGAGGAAACCUGGCACCAUCCCUACAGUGAAGCAUGGUGGUGGCCGCAUCAUGCUGCGGGGAUGAUUUUCAGCGGCAGGGACUGGGAGACUACUCAGGAUAGAGGGGAAGAUGAACAGAGCAAAGUACAGAGAGAUCCUUGAUGAAAACCUACUCCAGAACGCUCAGGCCCUCAGGAAAAAUUACAUACUUACCUGAUUUGUUUGAUGUUAAUAGUAAACGGUUAUAUAUUUAACUAAGAGUAAAACUGACCUGCUAAUGCUAAGUUUUUAUGGUGUCCACUCUAGCACCCUGCAGCUAGUCUGGGUGUUGAGGACAUGGGUUUUUACUAGAGAUAGCUUGAAGCUGCCGAUUGAUGUCUCUGUAAUAAAAUUUAAAAAACAGCCACAUUUCAGUCUAUCAUUAUUGGUGCAUGUGAGACAUACGUGGCCCUCUUUGGGUAUAGCGAGUGCCUUCCCUCUCUCCCACUUACACCCAGGUUCUCAGGUCGUGAAUUCCUGGAGGAGAUAUCUCAGGUCGUGAAUUCCUGGAGGAGACUCUCUCCCUCAUGCAGUAUAGAGAGAGAAAGCUUCACAGUAGAACAAAUGAUUUUUUUCCCCUACAUCACAGAACUUGAGAACUGAACAAUAUCCAUGUUUUGGAGAAUGUGUAAACGGUCGGGGGAGAAACCAGCUACGACCAGUCCGUUUUGUUUUAUGAUUGUGACCUCAGGAAAGACAAUACAGCCACGUUACCAUUACUCUGUUUAUACAGGAGCCUCCGUUAUGAGGCUUGCAUCUAAUUAUUGUAUAAAAUGAAUGAGUAAAGAUAAAACUAUUUGUGAAAUUGUGUAAUGUGAUUUUAAACCAUUAAUGUGGGAGAAUUGUAUUCCCUUUAAAGUUUAACUAAGUCAUUGGCCCGCCCCAUGAGCACAGACAUUGAUCUGGCGUCAUGGGACAGCCCUUUUCUACUGUUACGAAUAUAACCCCCACCUGAAGGAAUUCCCUUCAGGCAAACCUUGAUCACAGAGGGGGCGAAGGUUUGAGUAGAGAUCAUAAAAACCUCUGUAUAAGCUAAGAUUGUAAUGGUUGUUGAAACUCUGAGACUGUCGAUUCCAACAGAAUAAGAGCAAAUCUUUGAUACUAAUUACUAGUCUGCAACUAGAAGUUAUGUCGACCUGAAAUGCGAAGUCCGACAAACGCCGAAACAGCUGUUAUAUAAGAACAUUUCUGAAUGGGACUCUGAAGUAUCCAUUCUAACUAUGAGAGACUUCAUGGGAGCAGAGACGAUUCGAUGAACUUUCCAACAGAAAGACGGACGAUUCCAACAGAGAUCACGACGACACACUGAGCGUAAAGAUAUUUUAAUUGCAAUUAUUCCCGAAUGUGUAAGCGUUCAUGUGCAAAGGAUUGGCAUUUCAAUCAAUAUAAUUAUCAACUGUGUAGUGACUUUUGUCUUUCGCACCCUUCUCAGUCCACACCCACUUCCCUUUGUCUACCAAGUCGCCAUAUCGGCUUAGCCCACUAGGGAACAUCCCCUAUCAUUUCCUUGUAACCAUACCUACUGUUUGUUUGUUUAUGCAUUUAUAUGAUUAUUUAGUUAGUUAGUAAAUAAAUGAUUAAGAC